AUGUUGUUUCACACCUACAUCAUCAAUAUCAUUGCUUUCUUUGGCUUUCAGCCUAGCUUUCUCCCAUUUGGCGAACGUUAUCAGCAGGAGCCAUUACAAGGUCCAGUUGCACCCAGUACCUUAUCAUUUGUGCCUCCGGGAGCUGCUGAAGAUGAAGCUUCCCACGGCAGCCCCUUCAAAUGUCACUAUCCGGCAAUGGCAGCCGAGUAUACCUACAAUCCUUCGGCCAACAAUCGAGGUGUCUGGUUGAAGCAUCGAACCGAUGCUUCCAAGGACUUCACCAUCGACACGGACUAUGAAGUCAGGGCUCCUGUCGGUAUUGAGCGCAAGUAUUUUCUUACUGUGGGCGAAAACACCAAACCUACUGCCAAUUGGGAUGGCAUCGACUUUCCGUAUGCCAAAGUCUUCAACAAGACCUUUCCUGGUCCUUGGAUACAGGCAUGUUGGGGAGACGUACUGAACAUCACCGUCAAGAACAAUCUCUCAAAGAACGGAACCGCUAUUCAUAUGCAUGGCAUCCGGCAAUUCGGCUCCACCCUCAUGGAUGGAGUCCCUGGCAUCACACAAUGCCCAAUUGCCCCCGGAGACACCUUCAGUUACGUAUUCAACACGACCCAGUAUGGGUCGACCUGGUACCACAGCCAUUACAGUCUGCAGUACAGCGAUGGCUUGCUGGGUCCGCUGACCAUCCACGGUCCCACGUCCGCGAACUUCGAUAGUGCUCUGGAUCCGAUCCUUAUCUCCGAUCACAAUCAUCGCAGUGCGUUUAUGGAUUACUACCAGGAGCAGUUCGCGAACCCGGCUGCGGAUCCGCCCCGCGUGCCUCCCAAACAAACUAGUAUUUUGAUUAACGGACAUGGUUUCUACGCCGGAUCUUUCCCUAAGAAUCGUUACCACAAGCGAGUCAAGCCGGGAAAACGAUAUAUACUACGGCUGAUCAACGCAUCGACAGACAGUACCUUUAUCUUCAGUAUUGACGGGCAUAAUCUGACCGUAGUUGGGAACGACUUGGUUCCAGUCCAACCGUAUACAACGAAUCACAUUUACAUCGGGAUUGGCCAGCGAUACCACGUUGUUCUCGAGACCCUAGACAAGAAGCACAUUACCAGAAACAACAAAGGCUACUGGAUCCGGACCGAGCCUGCCGAGGGUUGCCACAACUUUGAGACCUUCCCCGACGACAGACAGGGCAUCCUGUGGUAUGGAGGGGAUGGCGACGACAAGCCCCCGCUACCAACCACGACCGGGUGGCCGUACAAUUCGAGCUGCAGCGACAUGCUUGAGCUGGUGCCCGUCGUGCCCUGGACCAUCGAUCCGCCGGAGACCAGUCUCACCGCUGUGCAGUACAGCAACCACCUCCUCGAGGCGUCCAUCACGAUCGACCAAUGGAACCUAUCCGCCGUGGGCGACGACGCCGCCGCGACGGUCAACGUGUGGCAGUUCCUGGACGACCCGGUCUUCGUCAACUACACCGAGCCCACCGUCAACCACCUCGAUCCGCCCUACCAUCCGAAUUCGGUCAUCUACCUAGCCGAAGAGCCGCCCGCAGGGAACCCAUCGCAGAUAGCGACCUGGAACUACAUGGUGUUGAUCGGGGGCAACAUAGACAAUCCGACCCCAGUGACCGGAGGCCGGCUGGUCCCUCUCGCUCACCCGAUCCACCUCCACGGCCACGACUUCGCCAUCCUCCAGUACUCGGAACAGCCCUACGCCGGCCUCGCCUCCCUAGACCUAACCCUCGACAACCCACGCCGCCGCGACGCCGCCCUCCUCCCCAGCAACGGGUUCAUCGUUAUCGCCUUCCGCACCGAUAACCCAGGCGUCUGGACCCUGCACUGCCAUAUCGCGUGGCACGCGUCCGGCGGCCUGGCGCUCCAGGACCUGGAGCUGAAGGAUCUUCUCGCCGUGCAGAUGGCGGACCCUACCACGUUCGCGCGGCGGCAGCUGGAUCGCACCUGCGCGAACUGGGAUCGGUGGUUUGCUGAUCCGGACAAUCAUUGGGAUCCGAAUGGGCGGUUUCAGGAUGAUUCGGGAAUUUGAUUUUCGAGUGGGCGGGGUGGGAGCCAGCAUGAAAGCGGGGAGUUUCAAGUUCAUUUAUCAUAUGUUCGUAGAGGGAUUGUAGGAACUAGGAAGAGAAUACUGUGUUCACUGUUCAGUACUUGUGUGCGCGGACCACUCAUCAUCGGUGGAGUCCGCGGUGGGGACUCAAUACUCAAUAGGUAUCUGGGGCCGGAAGCGGAGAAGGUCAGACCCAGACCAAGUUGGACUAGAACAGUGUCUCGGAGUUAGGGUAGCUCUGAGCUUGAGAU